AUGUGACUGGAGAAGACAUGAAAAGCAGACGGGUCCGCUUUGAAGGCGUUUUUUAUGCAGGGUUGUGAUAUUUCUGCAGUGCUUUUGUACACAGCUGCCGGUAAAGGUGUCAGAGGAGGUCAUGUGGAGAUUCAGUACUGCUGCAGGGGGACCGGAGGAGUCGUGACUUGCAGCCCGGUGCGGUGUCUCUUUAAGCGCAGGGCGGUGAGCAGAUUUCCGAUCGUGAACGAAGCGGAUUACAGCUCCUGACAUCAGUCCUCCUCAUCCUCCUCUUCCUCCUGCUUCUGUUCCUGCUGGUCAGCUGAUCCGGAGGAUUCCCUCUGCGGGGACACUCAGCACAGCCCCGCCUGUAUGCUCGCCUCCGCUCGCCUCCAUCAUGGACUUCAACGUGAAAAAACUGGCUUCUGAUGCGGGGGUCUUCUUCACCCGGGCCGUGCAGUUCACAGAGGAGAAGCUGGGCCAGGCUGAGAAGACUGAGUUGGAUCCACACUUGGAGAACCUGAUCACUCGUGCCGACUGCACCAAGAAUUGGACUGAAAAGAUCUUAAAACAAACAGAGGUGCUACUGCAGCCCAAUCCCAGCGCUCGGAUUGAGGAGUUCAUCUAUGACAAGCUGGACAAGAAGCUUCCCUCCAGGACGACCAACGCGGAGCUGCUGGGUCAGUACAUGCUGGAGGCCGCCAUCGAAUUUGGUCCAGAGACGCCAUACGGCAAGACCCUGAUCACAGUAGGGGAGUACCAGAAGAGGCUCGGAGGAGCCGAGCGCGAGUUCCUCCACACCUCUGCCGCCACUUUCCUCUCACCUCUGCGCAACUUCCUGGAGGGAGACUGGAGGACCAUAUCAAAAGAGAGGCGGCUGCUGGAGAAUCGCCGGCUGGAUCUGGACAUCUGUAAGGCACGCCUGAAAAAAGCCAAGCAGGCAGAAGCCAAAGCAGCGGCUGCACCUGAUUUUCAGGAGACACGGCCUCGAAAUUAUGUUCUUUCUGCCAGUGCAUCAGCGCUGCUCAGUGAAGAAGUGGACAAAGCAGAACACGAGCUUCGCGUGGCCCAGACGGAGUUUGAUCGCCAGGCUGAGGUCACCAGGCUGCUGCUUGAAGGCAUCAGCAGCACACAUCUCAACCAUCUGCGCUGUUUGCAGGACUUCGCUGAAGCUCAGGCCACCUACUAUGCUCAGUGUCAUCACUACAUGCAGGACCUUCAGCGGGAGCUCAACAGAUGUGCUAAUGCUGUCAGUGCACCCCACUCCUCUGCCUCCGUCUGCCCCAAUCCCGUGUCCCCUGCCUUUCUGUCUGGACCAGCAUCCUCCGGAGCCACCGUCCCCUCCUCAUCCUCAUCCAGCCAGAAGCCGGUCACGCUUGCCAUGGAGCAGUCACAGCUGCCCAUCACGGGCGCCAGGAAGGCCAGGGUCCUGUAUGAUUAUGAUGCCCACGACACCAGUGAGCUGUCACUGUUGGCUGAUGAGCUCAUUACCGUCUACACCGUACCAGGAAUGGACCCCGACUGGCUGAUCGGAGAGCGAGGAAACGAAAAGGGCAAAGUACCCGUCACCUACCUAGAACUGCUGAGCUAAUGGACCAAGCAACACACACACACACACACACACACACACACACACACCUCUGCAAAAACCUCUAUCCGCCGUCACACAUGUGGACUGGGUAGACCUGCUGUUGGCCCCAGUUUGUGCUCCUUGUGUAUCGGUUCAGCUCACAGAGGGAACCCCUGCACUGACUUCUAUGCUAAUAACCCAGGGCUGUUUCAAAAAUGCUGUGCAGGUAUCUUUAACCACCUGGAUAAAACAAUAUGAAGAUUUAUCAAGGUGAGAUAGUGGAGAACUUGGUUAGCAAGCUCUAUCCAUAGACUGUAUCUGCUAAGUGACAAUUAACAGGCUAAUAAAUUCCCCAGAGCUCAGAUGUUCUUGGACGGUCUUUUGAUACAAAUAACUGCACAGAAUGGCAAUGAUGAUACAGUUAUUUUAUUACAUUUUUCAGUUUAUUAAACUCAAAAAAGAAGAAAAAAGUGGAUUCAUUUAAAUUUGGACUUUUAUGGAGGAGCACAAAGAAAAGAAAAGGUGUGCUGAAAGACUAAAAUGAGCCUACACGUCGUUUUGACACAGAUUUUAUUUACACCAGAUGUUCUCAUGACUCAUCAUCCGUGAUAACUGAUCUUUUAGUGAAUGCGUUAAUCUCCACACAGCAUUUGUUGAGUAACAAAAGCCAGUCAUGGUGACUUUUGAUUUCAGAUGAAAGCAAAAGCCUCUUUGUUAGGCACCAGUGUUUUUAGUACACAGGAGAGGAACCUCGUCUGGCUUCGUGGAACAGCGUGCUUAUGUCGACCGUGUGGAUGUGAGUCUGAGGGUUUUCAUGAUGGUCUCUGUAGGUGCCCUGCCAUUUAAAGAGAUUGAACCUAAUUCUGGAAAUACCUGCACAGCUACGGUAUUUUUAUUUUUAUGAGACCAGAGAAAUCAGUGUGACGGUCCCCUCUGUUAUACGCAGAGUCCAAACUGCAGCUGGCUUCCCGUCUCCUGAUCUGUGGCUGUGUGAAAAAACUUAUGCAAAACUGCCUGUUUGACUCAUUUCUAGUAAUACUGAUGAUUAUCAGAAAGAAACCUGUGACUGUACGAGUCAGGUUAUGUUGAUGUGGCCUGUUACUUAGAUUUCCUCUUAUUGCAGUAAUGUGUACACAGAGUGUAAUGAAGCCCUCAGUUUGUUGACUGUGCAAACUUGUCUAUUGUUGUGUGGAAACUUACACAGUUCUGGCAAAUACUCUAUCAUCUGUGAAAACUUCAAAGACCCAGGCCUUGUUUGAUCCAUUAAAGAAAAAUUCCAUGCAAUAA